GAAGAGUAAGAGAAAUAAUGAGAUCGGAGACGCUGACGCUGGUACUGGUGAACCUCGCCGGAAUAAUGGAGAGGGCCGACGAGUCACUGCUGCCGGCGGUCUACAAGGAAGUCGGCGCUGCCCUCCACGCCGACCCCACGAGGCUGGGAUCCCUCACACUGUUCCGGUCAAUCGUGCAGUCUUCGUGCUAUCCUAUCGCCGCCUACCUCGCCAUCCGUCACAACCGCGUCCAUAUCAUCGCCUACGGCGCCUUCCUCUGGGCCGCUGCCACCUUCCUCGUCGCCUUCUCCUCCACCUUCUUUCAGUGGAGAGUAGCCUGUCAAGGCAGUUAUGUGGCUCAUUCUCAACUUGAUGGUAUCUGGAGCAUGGCUUUGAUACUUUUUACAGAAGAGUUUUCUCUUCCAUGGAUCUGUUGUACCUCAAAUUUCUUGAUAUUUAAUGAGGGAUUGUACGUCUUGGGCAAAGUUGCUUACAAGGGCAAAGACAGCAUAUAUGGCAUGGAGAACCAUGUUGCAGUGUCAAGAGCCUUGAAUGGUAUUGGCCUGGCAAUAGUUGCACCUGCAAUUCAAUCCCUAGUAGCUGACUCAACAGACGAUAACAACCGUGGUACAGCCUUUGGAUGGCUUCAACUAACCAGUAACUUUGGAUCAGUUAUUGGAGGGUUCCUCUCUUUAAUGAUGGCACCAGUGACAUUUAUGGGAAUUCAUGGCUGGAGAAUAUCGUUUCAUCUUGUUGGCAUAAUCAGUGUAACUGUUGGUAUAUUAGUUCGCAUUUUUGCCCACGAUCCUCACUUUCCAGAUGGUGGUGCUGACAUUAGUGAUCAAGUUAGAACUAAAUCCUUCCAUUCAGAAGUGAAAGAUCUGUUUCAGGAAGCUAAAGCAGUGGUGAAGAUCCCUUCUUUCCAAAUUAUUGUGGCUCAGGGUGUCACUGGCUCAUUUCCCUGGUCUGCUAUGUCGUUUGCUGCUAUGUGGCUUGAACUGUCUGGCUUUUCCCAUGGGAAGACUGCAUUCCUGAUAGGAAUGUUUGUACUUGCUACUUCACUUGGGGGUCUAUUUGGAGGUAGGAUGGGGGAUAAGCUAUCCAAGCGGCUUCCAAAUUCUGGCAGGAUAAUUCUGUCACAGAUAAGCUCGGCCUCAGGCAUUCCUUUGGCAGCAGUACUUCUACUUGCUUUACCUAGCAAUGCCUCCACUCUGGCUAUGCAUGGCUUGUUUCUCUUCAUCACUGGGUUCUGCAUAUCUUGGAAUGCUCCAGCUACAAACAAUCCAAUUUUUGCAGAAAUUGUUCCUGAGAAAUCCCGAACAAGUAUUUAUGCUUUGGAUAGAUCUUUUGAGUCUGUACUGUCAUCAUUUGCUCCCCCUGUAGUUGGGAUAUUGGCUCAGCAUGUUUAUGGUUACAAACCAGUUCCUGAAGGAUCUGAAGAUAUAACAACUGACAGAGGGAAUGCUGCUUCGCUAGCCAAGGCACUAUACACUGCCAUAGGAAUCCCCCUGGCUCUGUGUUGCUUGAUCUAUUCUUUUCUCUACUUCACUUAUCCAAGAGACAGGGAGCGGGCUCAAAUGGAUGCUUUAAUAGAAUCUGAGCUGCAAACUCUAGAGUUGGAUGGUUGGCCUUUAAGAGGAGAGGAUUCCCACGUUGAGUUGGAAGCAAAAGAGCUCUAUACGGAAGAACAAAGUGUCAUUGAGAUGGAUUAUGAAGUGAGAAACAGUCUUGACUUGGAUGAUGACAGCGAUGAGAAGAUAUUACUUUAUCGCCAGCUGACGUUUGCCAAUUUAGGCGAUAGUACUGCUGGGGAGAAG